AUGCAACUAGACACGGGAGCGACAUAUUCAAUAAUGAAUCUAGAUGACUUUGAGGAGAACUUUCCAAACGCACAGUUAUGCAAAGUAAAGGAAGGUUUCCAUACAUACACUGGUGAAAAAAUAGAGUGCUCAGGAUCCUACAAUGUACACAUUAACUACAAUGGACAAACGGUAAGCGACAAACUGUUUAUCGUAGACAAGGGUGGCCCACCACUAUUUGGUAGAACUUGGUUGAGCAAAAUAAAACUACCAUGGCAUGAAAUCUUCAACAUAAACUACAGUACAAACAACACAUGUGGGAACAGCAAAACACACAUGCAAGUUGAUCAACUGACAGAAAAAAAUGCAGAACUGUUUUCAGAAAGAGUAGGGCUCCUGCUGAAAGGACAAAAAGCCAAUCUUCACAUGGAGGUGAAGGCUAUGCCGAAGUUCUGUAAAGCCAGAGAAGUACAUUGCGCAUUGCGACCAGCAGGGGAAAAAGAGCUUGACAGACUCGAAAACGAAGGCAUAAUCACACCAAUUAAGUUCAGCGAAUGGUCGACUCCAAUAGUCCCCAUCGUGAAACCGGACAAGUCAAUAAGACUAUGCAGAGACUACAAAGUAACUGUCAACCAGGCCAUAAAGCCGGACAAACACCCAAUGCCGAAAAUAGAAGACGUUUUCGCAACACUUGCUGGAGGGGAGAAAUUCUCAAAACUUGAUCUAAAAAACGCAUACGUACACCUAGAAAUGAGCGAUGAAGCGAAAUGCAUACUUACCAUAAACACACAGAAAGGUUCAUACCAAGUAAACAGACUACCCUAUGGUAUAACCCCAGCUACCGGAAUUUGGCAACGAGUCAUGGAACAAGUCUUACAAUGCAUUCCUGGUGUUGCAUGUAUUCGGGAUGAUAUGAUUUUAACUGGCCAAAAUGAUGAAAUACACUUACAACAUCUAGAACAGGUGUUACAACGACUAAAAGAAAAUGGACUGAUUCUGAACAAGAACAAAUGUCAGUUUCUAAAAUCAAAGGUAUCCUUCUUGGGUCAUGUGAUAGACAAACACGGCCUCCAUAAGUCACUCGACAAGGUUGAUGCAGUGAUCAAUGCCCCAGCACCUACAGAUACAACAAUGUUGCGUUCAUUCAUCGGCUUACUGAAUUACUACCAUCGAUUCCUACCUAACUUAUCUUCCGUACUCUAUCCAUUACACCAACUUCUUCCAAAAGGAAAGCAGUGGGAACGGUCCAGUGAAUGUGAAAACGCAUUUGUGAAAGCAAAGAAUAUGAUAGCGGAAUAA